AUGGAGAUGGCUUCGUCCAUCAUCCCUGAACCAGCACGACAGCCAUCCAGCAGCAGACAGCAACCUCAAAACAACCUGCACAAUCCUCUUCCUCUAUCUGCCUCUCAAGAAGCCGAAGUCCGCAAUCUCUAUCACAAACGUGUCCGCACAAAAUGCGCCGACGUGAUCAAAGACUUUGCUGACUGCGCCCGCGGCCGCACCAUCAGCGUCGCCUGGACCUGCAAAGAGCAGCAUUUGGCCAUGAACAGCUGUAUGAUCCAAUAUGCCACAAAGGCCGAGCAAGAUGCCGCAAGAGAAGAGUGGUUCCAGGGCAUUCUGGCCAGGAGGAGACAGAAGGAGGAGGAGCUUGCCGCCGUGGAAAGACGGAGGACGGAGGUGAUUGAGUUGACGAGAAGACAAGAGGAAAAGGAGAGGGCGGAGGCAGAAAGGAAGAAGAAGGAGCUUGAAGAAAGCAAGAGAGACAAAGACGGAGACAAAAAGAAAGGAGCCUUCUGGUGGCGAUGA